AGCAGAGGAAGCAAAAACAUCAAAGAUGAAUUCUAUAAACGACAGCUCCUUUGUUCAGAUAAUAUCCAGUGAUCCUACAGCCUUGUUUAUCGAGGAAAACAGCUUGGGAAUCAAGCAAAAUGUUGUUAAAGAAAAUCAAAUAUUGCAGUUGACCAAGUUGAUGUUGGAUCCCAUUUCUGCUAAAAAUUCAUGCUUGGAUCAACUAUAUAUAAAUGAUUUGGAUUCCACUCAAGUUUGGGGACAAUCCAAGAUUAUUGUGGAUGGGGUUAUUGAAAGUUUGAUUUUUGAUAAAAUACCAUUUUUAAAGAAAAAAUUAGGCAUUAACAGUGAAAUAUUGAAAAACCAGGAUGUUUCGAAUCAAAAUAUCCACCUUCAAACCGAUAACAAGGUCCAUAAUGGUAGUAGUAGUCAUAGUGACAGUGAAAGUGACAGUGACAGUAAUAUUCAAAAUUUUAACGACAUAAAUAAAGAAAAAAGUUUACUUUCAGAUGAAUCAGAUAUCGAGGAAAAUAAAGAUGAUGUUGAAUUAGAAGUGGUGGAAAACCUUUCUAAUGAGAAUCAAAUCGAAAAUGAAGAUGAAGAUGAGGAAGAUAGCCAAUAUGAAAGUGAUGAUUCUUCAAAGCAGUCUACCAAUAAAUUUGCGGAAUUAAAUGAUGAAUUUUUUGAUAUUGACGAUUUCACUCAACAGGUUUUAGCUUUAGAAGAUGAAGAUGGUAAUAACUAUAUUAAAGAUUUGACAAAAAAAGCAAACUCACACAAAGAUGAAGAAGAAAUCGAUUAUUUUGCUGAUAUAGGUGAUUCAGAAGAGGAGAGUGAUGACGAAGAAAUUCUUUAUUAUGAUGACUUUUUUGGUAACAGAAAAAAUAAUAAGUAUAGUUACAAAAACAAAAAGUCCAAGAAGAAUAAUCGAAAAGACGACAACUUUGAAAUAAAUAAAAAACUCAAUGGCAAUGAUCAUUCUAAUAAAAAAGUAAGAUUUGAUAAUGAUGACGAUGAAUUAAUGAAGAUUACUAAAUUGGAUUUGUUUGAGGACAAUAAUAAUAAUGCUGGAAACGAUAUUCAAGAAGAAAACCUUUCGACUUUUGAAAAGCAACAAAAAUUGAUUCAGGCUCAAAUUGAACAAUUAGAAGAGGAAGCUUUAGAGAAAAAAAAAUGGACACUUGGAGGUGAAUCUUCAGUUAAGAAUAGACCAGCAGACUCUUUACUAGAAGAAGAAUUAGAAUUUGAAAGGACUUCCAAACCUGUUCCAAUAAUCACUCAAGAAGUUACUGAAUCAAUCGAAGAUAUGAUUCGUCGUCGUAUCAAGGAAGCCAAUUUUGAUGAUAUACCCAAAAGAUUGCCUAUGAAAAAUUCACAAAAUCUAAUAAAAAACAGAAAUCAAAUGGAUGUUAGCGAAUAUAAAUCAUCAAAAUCCUUAGCUGAAAUAUAUGAAGAGGAAUAUGGGCUUAAAAAAAAUGAUGAUGAGAGUUCGAAUACUAAUAUAACUAAAGAAUUGGAAAAAUCUCAUAAAGAAAUCGAAUCAAUGUAUCAAUUAUUAUCACAUAAAUUAGACGCUUUAUGUUCUGCUCACUUCAUUCCAAAACCUGCUCAAAAGGAAAUUGAUAUUAAAGUCAAUACUUCAACGAUAACAAUGGAAGAUGCUCAACCGUUAUCAAUGUCGAAUGAAACUACACUAGCACCACAAGAAAUCUAUAAGCCUACUGUUGGUAUAGAUAGUAAAGAAGUUAAACUCAAGAGUGGGUUGAUCAUCUCCAAAAAUGAAUUAUCGAGAGAUGAUAAAAACAGGCUACGUAGAGCAAAUAAAAGGAAGAGAUCUAAGAUGCUCAAGAGCAAAGUUGAAAAUAAGAAGUUUAAGAAAAAUGAUAAAAAUGAUGUUAUUCAGACACUUAAAAAGGCUAAUGUUACUGUGAUUGGUAAGAAGGGCGAGAAAACAGAUGUGUAUGGUAAGGAGAAAAAAGAAAAUGGACCUUUGACAAGCAAUAACCUUAGACUAUGAUUUACAGAGAGAUAAUAGGUUCGUAGUACAUUAUAAUACACUUUUUUAUUUCUAUAGGAACAUUGAAUAAUAUAAAGCAAUUCAGCAAUCUGUGUCAUCGCUAGAAUCAGCAGAAUUUUCAUUUGUCUUGGGGUCAUAUUCCUGAUUGUCUCUUUGAGUAUCAGUUUGAUUUCCAGGAGUGUUAUCAAUAAGUGCAUAGUUAUUAUCGACAUCAGCAUUAUCAUUUGCUUCAUGAUUAUUGUCUUCUUCCUGUCUUUUCCCAUUUUGAGAGUCUUCAUCAAUAUCAAUAUAACCCUCAUCAUUAAAAUUAUCGUUAUUAUCAUUGUAAUCGCUUGAAAUAUCAAUACCUUGAACACUCGAUAAUUCUUCUGAUAGUUUUGACCUUCUUUUUUUUCGAUUAGAAAUUUUGGCUGGCUUUUUAUCAUCAUCAUUUGCGAAUUGAGCAAUUUUUGAUUUUGAUACUUUUUUGGGUUGUUUUUUACGCAGUUUAUUAA